AUGCGCUACAAGAACUUUAGUCAGGAAGCAGCCUGGCCACUUACGACGGUCUCUCACGAAGACUAUAUGGCGAUGCCGGGCACAAAAACGACAUGGCUUCAGGUCGAAGGGUUUCGGUUGGAGAACUGUGCAUUCGACUUUAUGCACAAUGUCUUUUUGGGCAUAGCAAGAGAUUUAUGUGGUUCAUCCAUCCAAGUUCUCAUCCGCUUCGGGUGGUAUGACCAUGUGGUGGGUGACAUGGACUGCAAGCUUGCAGCUGUUCAAAGGGAGAUGGUGAGAGAUUGUCGUGCGUGUGGGUUCUUCAUGCCAAAGAAACCUGUCUUGACAGAGGCAAACUUGGGUAAAGAUGACUACGCCCAGCUUGGGACACGGUUCAAAGCUUCCCAUGUAAAGCUGAUCGUGUUCUGGAUUGCGAAGAAGACCCAAAAAUGCAGCGAUCAAGCGCCAAAUCACGAUCGAAUCACCCACGUGCUCGCAACUUGCGCCUACAGCUUGCAGCGGUGCAUCGACCUAUGCGACAACAGCGGACUCGUCCUAGAUCCCACUGCUGCAAAUGAAGCCAGUGACAGUUUGAGGCUGCACCUCAAGACCUAUUCGUGGUUGGCAGCUUAUUUCCAUAGGGAAAGGCUUCUCCUUUUCAAGCUCCGUCCCAAACAUCACUAUGUGUACCACCAAGCCAUGCAGUUGAAAGCAUGGCGGAUAAACAUCAAUUCGUUUUCGACAUGGGACGAGGAAGGGUUCCUGGGGCAGAUCAAAGCAAUAGCUACUGCCUGCCACGGAGCGACUGCUACGUACCGCGUGUACCAAAGGUACUUGUUGGUUUUAGCGCUCAUGGUGCAGAGGCAUCGGGAGCUGAACGAUAUGUAG